UUGAUUUCUCGUCAAAUGUCAAUUUUAUUUUUUAUAGGAUAUGUCCCUGUAGAACCCCAUCCAUGUGAGCAAAGUUCGUGUUACCCAGCCACAGGUAAUUUACUUAUAGGUAGAGAGAAACAACUUAGCGCGUCUUCAACUUGCGGUCUUUAUGAGCAACAACGAUAUUGUAUUGUGUCUCACUUGGAAGACCGAAAGAAAUGCUUUUGGUGCGAUUCACGUCCAUCCAAAAUCAUGAAACCACAUUUAAACCACAGUAUACAAAACGUUGUUUAUAGAUACUACCCAGGAACAAAACUAAAGUCGUGGUGGCAGUCAGAAAAUGGCAAAGAAAAUGUUUCGAUUCAACUUGAUCUAGAAAAGGAGUUUCACUUUACCCAUUUAAUUAUGACUUUUAAAACGUUUAGACCAGCAGCUAUGUACAUAGAAAGGUCUUACGACUUCGGAAAAACAUGGAAGGUAUAUCGGUAUUUUGCGCAUAAAUGUGCGGACAGUUUUCCAGGAAUUCCAGAAAGAUAUUCGCAAAAUCUAACAGACGUUAUUUGCGAAUCCCGAUAUUCAAAUGUGGCACCCUCGACAAACGGAGAACUUAUUUUUAGAGUUCUUCCACCUAAUAUGCAUAUCGACAAUCCCUAUUCCGAAGAAGUUCAAAACUUACUAAAAGUUACUAAUCUUCGGAUCCGAUUUGUAAAACUCCAUACUCUAGGUGACGAUUUGCUGGAUCCACGCGAAGAAAUACAGGAAAAGUACUACUACGCAGUAACCGAUAUGGUAGUACGGGGUUCCUGUUCUUGUUACGGUCAUGCCAACCGCUGUUUGCCCUUACCGGGAAUGGAAACUAAACCGGACAUGGUACAUGGUAGAUGCGAGUGUACUCAUAACACAAAAGGAUCAAAUUGCGAAGAAUGCGAAGACUUUUUCAACGAUCUACCCUGGAGACCUGCCAUUGGAAAGCAAACAAAUGCCUGCAAAAGUAAGAGAACUGAAUCUUCCACUUAUUUCUGUUACGCCCUCUACUUAAAGGUCUCGCGUGAAAGCGCUAGGAACGGAUUAACAUUUUUUAACGCGAAAAGACUGAAGUAA